GAUUUAUCCUAAUUGGCAUUAGGCGAUCCCAGAUAUGAUCAAGGUUUAAUCCAUUAGAGCCAACUACCAGAGCAAAUAUAUCACGCAAUUCUUCAACAAAUUCUUGAACAUCUGAAUUCUUUAUUUUCUUUCUUGUCAUCAAAGGCGGUACCAGUAGAGUCUUGAAUUGUUAAAGAGGUCUGAGAUAAGAUGUGAAUCAGAAAAGUGCUAGCUACGACUGAAUAAGAUGUGUUAUAGAUAAUGAUAUCUUAGAAGCUUUAAUAUUAUUUGAUAAAGUGGAUCAAGAGAGUUUCAGGAGAAUAUAGAUAGAAUUCCUUGAAUAAAUUUAUGAUCCACAUGUUUAAUCAAGAAACGUGGCAUUAUAAAUCAGCUCAUGACACUGAUAUUUUCUGGUUAAAACAGAGUGCACAUAAUGAUUGUGCAAAUAAAUACUUCUGGGACCACGAAGUUAGCAAAAUAGCUAUGGCUGCUUCAGACGAAUCAUUUGCAGAAAAAAAACUUGAAAUAAUGAAGAAAAUAACGGCUGUAACUGCGUUACAUUCAUAUAAUCAAGAUUCAUUAUCAACAAGUAACCAUAGUCUUCAACAAGAUGUAAGUAGCAGUUCUAGCAUGGAUGAUUUAAGCAACGACAAUACGGACAGAAAUCAUUCAAUAAAGCGAAAGCAUCAAAAAGAUGAUGCAUCUACAACAAUGCAAGCUAAACGACCGAAUAAACAGGAAACCCUGGCUGAAAAAUUCAAGACAUACAAACAAAAGAUUAUACAUGAUGCAGCCACAGAAUUAGAAUUUAGUCUUGAAACAAAUUUACCUGAGCUUAUAGCAUUAAACAAUGUCAUGCUUCUUAAACCUUCACAAUUUAGCAGAUAUAUGCGUGAUCAUUUUACUGACAAAGCUCUGAAUGAGUGGCAUAAGGGCAUCUUGAGUACUUUAAUUGUUGAUGUAGAAAAAGAAGCUCAAGAUAUUGCCAAAUCUCUUGAUGAUAUAAUUUAUAAUCUGCAAAAAAAGAAAAUCAAGACACGCGAGGCUGUCCAAAAGUUGGUUGCCAUGAGCAUUGGAAAAGAAGACCAUGAAGCUCAAAUUUUAAUUGGCUUGUCAAACUUGAUACAAAAACUUCCAUCUCAAAAUCUUUUGUCCACUACAGCUGUUAGUAAAACAGAAUUGUGGAGCAGUGUGUUUGAUCCCAUUCUUACAGCAUUGUUCUCUAACCCUGAUCGCAAUACAUUGCUUAGAUGGUAGGACCAAUGUUGUGCCUGAGGAAGGUAGUGUUAGUGAAAUAAAGCGCAUACAACUUGAUACAAUGAUCUGUGAAAUUGAUCAGCUUAGUUGG